AUGAAAAUAUCUAUUCUUUUUAAUGUUUUAUUUUUAGCCCUACUGAAGUUAGUAGUUUCAGAUACGUGCAUUUCUGAUUCUGCGUGCACGUCAGAUUGUCUUAACGUAGGUUAUAUUACUGAUUCUAGUUCUGGAGCAUGUAGAGAUCCAAAUGAGAGCGAGUGCUUAUAGGAUAACUCCGCAAAUUGCACUGGUGAUAAAACAAGAUGCUUGGCAUACGGAUAUACAACAAUUUCAAGCAGUGGAGAUUGUCAUAAACCGACAGAUGAUGAAUGUGCUAAUAAUUCAGUAGGUGAUGGAAAUUUAUGUGCUUCUACUAACUAUGUUUGCUAAAUUAGAGGUUUUGCUAAAUCUGAUUCUUCAAACUAAUGUAUAUCAGUAGAUGACUGUUCAACCACAGGAAACUGCUAAUUACCUUUGACAAAGUGUUACGUUCCUGACUCUAAUGGAGACUGCACAACACCAACAUUAGAUUAUUGUAAUAAAAAUUCUAAUUCUUAUGCCUGCUAUUCUGCAACAGGCUUUUGUGUUACUAAUGGUUGGCUGUAAGGAGUAUAAAAUAAUGAUUACAGUUGUUAUGCCCCUUCUUAGAGCUAUUGCACUACAACUUCAGGAUCAUGUUCUUAAAACUCUGAUGCUUGUGCAUAUGCAUAUGGGUAUAUUUAAGAUACUGAUUCUUAGAUGUGUAAAAAGCCAGGUCCAUUAGACUGCAAAAAUAGUUUAUUUCCCUAUACUUGUGCAAAUUCAAGUUCUUUUUGUAGUAUUUAAGGCUGGGUGAAAAAUAGUACAGAUAGUUCUUGUAUUAUAGAUACUGAUUGCUUGAAUAAGGAUAAAUGUUAGUAAACUUAAACUGCAUGUCUAUUUAAUGGGUAUGUGUUAAAUUCAGAUGGUAACGCAUGUGUAACUCCAACCUAAUCUGAUUGCAACAACAAGUAGAAUAAAUAUGUAUGUGCUUUACCUACAAAUACUUGUGUAAAUUCAUUUGGAUGGGUUAUAGAAACAAAUUCAUUCACUUGCAAUCCACCAACAUAAUAAUCUUGUUAAGGAAGUUAAAAUUGUGUUAAUAAUGAACAUGCUUGUGUUUAUUAUUAUGGAUUCAUAAAUAAUUCAAAUAAUAUUUGCGAUUAACCUUAACCUUCUGAUUGUUUGAACUAAAAUAAUAUAUAUGCAUGCAGCAAUUUAAGUACAUUUUGCAUGUAAUAGAAUUUUAAAUAAAAUGGUUCAAGUAAUACUUGUACUCUUCCUUCUACAUGCUUAACUGGUUCGAAUAUGUGUGCUACUGGCUAUAUUUCUUGCCUUUACUAAGGCUAUGUAAAAAGUGCAACAACAGAUGACUGCGUUACUCCUCUUUCUUCAGAUUGUGAAAAAUAAUCUAAUACAUAUGCAUGUGCUCAAUCAACAAGUAUUUGUGUUCAAUAAUAUGGAUGGAUAAAAGAUUAAAGUGCUGCAUUUUGUACCCCUCCUACCUCAGUUUAAUGCAAAGGUACUAAUAACUGCAGUUAAAGUGAAUCUGCUUGUGUUUGGUUAUAUGGAUAUAUAAAUAAUUCAAGUGGUGUUUGUGAUAUUCCCUAACCUUCCGAUUGUGUGGUUAAUAGUAAUUUAUAUGCUUGUAGAGAUUCAAGUUUUUUUUGCAGAUAAUAAAACUUUUAACCGGAUAACUCGAAUAGUUCUUGUACUCUUCCUACUACUUGCUUAACUGAUUAGAAUAUGUGUGCUUCCGGUUAUACUUCUUGUCUAUAUAUAGGUUAUGUAAAAAGUACAACAAAUGAUAAUUGCGUCACUCCUCUUUCUUCAGAUUGUGAAAAGCAGACGAAUAUAUAUGCAUGUGCUCUAGCAACAAACAUUUGUGUUCAAUAAUAUGGAUGGCUAAAUUAAAAUUCUUCAUAUUGUACUCCUCCAACAUCUGCUUAAUGCUAGGGAACUAAUAAUUGCAGCUAAAGUGAAUCAGCUUGUGUUUGGCUUUAUGGAUAUGUUAAUAACUCAAGUGGUGUUUGUGAUAUUCCUUAACCUUCUGAUUGUGCAAACAAUAGUAAUUUAUAUGCUUGCAAAGAUUCAAAUUUUUUUUGCAGAUAAUAAAAUUUCUAACCAAAUGACUCAAAUAGUGCUUGUGCUCUUCCUACUACAUGCUUAUCUGGUUAGAAUAUGUGCGCUUCAGGUUAUAGCUCAUGUCUAUACAUUGGUUAUAUUAAAAGCGCAACAGAUGAUAAUUGCGUGAUUCCUACCUCUUCAGACUGUGAAAAGCAGGUAAAUAUGUAUGCUUGUGCUCGACCAACAAACAUUUGUGUUCAAUAAUAUGGAUGGAUAAGUUAAAAUGCUUCAUAUUGUACUCCUCCAACUUCAGAUUAAUGUUAGGGAACUAACAACUGCAGUUAAAGUGAAUCUGCUUGUGUUUGGUUAUAUGGAUAUAUUAAUAAUUCUAGUGGAGUAUGUGAUGUUCCUUAACCUUCCGAUUGUGCCAACAGCAGUAAUUUAUAUGCUUGCAGAAACUCAAAUUUUUAUUGCCGAUAAUAAAACUUUUAACCAAAUACCUAGAAUAGUGCUUGUAGUCUACCUACUACGUGCUUAACUAGUUAGAAUAUGUGUGCUUCGGGUUAUACAUCUUGUCUUUAUAUUGGUUAUGUAAAAAGUGCAACAACUGAUGACUGCGUUACUCCUCUUUCUUCAGAUUGUGAAAAAUAAUCUAAUACAUAUGCAUGUGCUCAAUCAACAAAUAUUUGUGUUCAAUAAUAUGGAUGGAUAAAAGAUUAAAGUGCUACAUUUUGUACCCCUCCUACCUCAGAUUAAUGCAAAGGCACUAAUAACUGCAGUUAAAGUGAAUCUGCCUGUGUUUGGUUAUAUGGAUAUAUAAAUAAUUCUAGUGGUGUUUGUGAUAUUCCUUAACCUUCUGAUUGUGCAAACAGCAGUAAUUUAUAUGCUUGCAGAGAUUCAAGCUUUUUUUGUAGAUAAUAAAACUUUUAAGUGAAUAGCUCAAAUAGUUCUUGUACUCUUCCUACUACGUGCUUAACUGAUUAGAAUAUGUGUGCUUCUGGUUAUACUUCAUGUCUUUAUAUAGGUUAUGUAAAAAGUACAACAAGCGAUAAUUGUGUUACUCCUCUUUCUUAAGAUUGUGAAAAACAAACUAAUAUAUAUGCAUGUGCUCUUACAACAAAUAUCUGUGUUCAAUAAUAUGGAUGGCUAAAUUAAAAUUCUUCAUAUUGUACUCCUCCAACAUCUGCAUAAUGUUAGGGAACUAACAACUGCAGCUAAAGUGAAUCUGCUUGUGUUUGGCUUUAUGGAUAUGUAAAUAACUCUAGUGGUGUUUGCGAUAUUCCUUAACCUUCCGAUUGCUAGAAUAGCAGUAAUUUAUAUGCUUGCAGAAAUUCAAACUUUUUUUGCAGAUAAUAAAAUUUUUAACCAAAUAACUCUGACAGCUCUUGUACUCCUCCUUCUACAUGCUUAACAGAUUAGAAUAUGUGUGCUUCGGGUUUAACUUCUUGUCUUGAAUUAGGUUAUGUAAAAAGUUCAACGAGUGAUAAUUGUGUAACUCCACUUUCUUCAGAUUGUGCAAAUUAAUCCAAUCUUUAUGCAUGUGCUCAAGCAACAAACAUUUGUGUUCAAUAAUAUGGAUGGAUCAAAGAUUAGACUGCUUCUUUUUGUACCCCUCCUACUUCAGCUUAAUGCUAGGGUACUAAUAGCUGUAGCUAAAGUGAGUCUGCUUGUGCUUGGUUGUAUGGAUACAUUAAUAAUGCUAGUGGUGUUUGUGAUAUUCCUUAACCUUCUGAUUGUGCUAAUAGUAGUAAUUUAUAUACUUGCAGAGAUUCAAGUUUUUUUUGUAGAUAAUAAAACUUUUAAGUGAAUAACUCUAAUAGUUCUUGUGCUCUUCCUACUACAUGCUUAACUGAUUAGAAUAUGUGUGCUUCUGGUUAUACUUCUUGUCUCUAUAUAGGAUACAUUAAAAGCUCAACAAAUGAUAAUUGUGUGACUCCUCUUUCUUCAGAUUGUGAAAAUUAAUCUAACUUAUAUGCAUGUGCUUUAACAACAAAUAUCUGUGUUCAAAAAUAUGGAUGGAUACAAGAUUAAAGUGCUUCAUUUUGUACUCCUCCUUCUUCAGCUUAAUGUUAAGGUACUAACAAUUGCAGUUAAAGCGAAUCUGCUUGUGUUUGGCUUUACGGUUAUAUAAAUAACUCUAGUGGUGUUUGUGAUAUUCCUAAACCUUCUGAUUGUGCUGAGAGUAGUAAUAUAUAUGCAUGCAGAGAUUCACAUUUUUUUUGCAGAAAAUAAAAUUUUUAACAAAAUAACUCAAACAGCUCUUGUGCUUUUCCUACAACAUGCUUAACUGAUUAGAAUAUGUGUGCUUCGGAUUAUACUUCUUGUCUUUAUAUAGGUUAUGUAAAAAGUUCAACAAGUGAUAAUUGUGUAACUCCUCUUUCUUCAGAUUGUGCAAAACAAUCAAACCUUUAUGCAUGCGCUCUAACAACAAAUAUUUGUGUUCAAUAAUAUGGAUGGCUAAAUUAAAAUUCUUCAUAUUGUACUCCUCCAACAUCUGCUUAAUGUUAAGGAACUAACAAUUGCAGCUAAAGUGAAUCCGCUUGUGUUUGGCUUUUUGGAUAUGUUAAUAACUCUAGUGCAGUUUGUGAUAUUCCUUCACCUUCUGACUGUGUUAAUAGUAUGAAUAAUUCGAAUAGUUCUUGUGCUCUCCCUACUACAUGCUUAACUGAUUAGAAUAUGUGUGCUUCUGGUUAUACUUCUUGUAUUUAUUAAGGUUAUGUAAAAAGUACAGCAAAUGAUAAUUGUGUAGCUCCUCUUUCUUCAGAUUGUGAAAAAUAGUCCAAUAUUUAUGCCUGUGCUUUAUCUACAAAUAUUUGUGUUCAAUAAUAUGGAUGGCUAAAUUAAAAUUCUUCAUUUUGUACACCUCCUACUUCAGCUUAAUGUUAGGGCACUAAUAACUGUAGCUAAAGUGAAUCUGCUUGUGUUUGGUUAUAUGGAUAUAUUAAUAAUUCUAAUAGUGUUUGCGAUAUUCCUUCACCUUCUGACUGUGUAAAUAGCAGUAAUUUGUAUGCUUGCAGAAACUCAAACUUUUUUUGCAGAUAAUAAAACUUUUAAUCAAAUAACUCAAACAGCACUUGUGAUCUUCCUACAACUUGUUUAACUGAUUAGAAUAUGUGUGCUUCGGGUUAUACUUCUUGUCUUUACUUAGGCUAUGUCAAAAAUGCAACAAGCGAUAAUUGUGUAGCUCCUCUUUCUUCAGAUUGUGAAAAACAGUCUAAUCUUUAUGCAUGUGCUCGUUCAACAAAUAUUUGUGUUCAAUAAUAUGGAUGGAUUAAUUAAAAUUCUUCAUAUUGUACUCCUCCUACUUCAGCUUAGUGUUAAGGUACGAACAAUUGCAGUUAGAGUGAAUCAGCUUGUGUUUGGCUUUAUGGAUAUAUAAAUAAUUCUAGUAGCGUUUGUGAUACACCUGCUCCUUCUGAUUGCAUAAAUAGCAACAAUUUAUAUGUUUGUAGAGCAUCAAAUUUUUUUUGUCGCUUGUAAAAUUUUGAACAAAAUAGCCCUAAUUACACAUGUAAAUUACCCACUACUUGCCUUUCAGCUUCAGAUAAAUGUACUCCUGGUUAUACUUCAUGCACAUAUUAAGGAUUUGUUAAAAGUACUACAAGCAAUUAAUGUAUUGAACCUCUAUCUUCAGACUGUUCAGAUCAAACAAAUAUAUAUGCUUGUGCUAUGUCAUCUAAUACUUGUGUAAAUAAAUAUGGAUGGAUUAAAGAUUCAACAUUUUCAUAUUGCGUAGCCCCAACUUCGAGUUCUUGUUUUGAUACUUCAAAUUGCAAUUAUAAUGAAUCAGCAUGUGUAUGGUUAUAUGGAUAUAUUAAUAACACUAAUGGUAAAUGCGACAUUCCUUAGCCUUCUGAUUGUGUUAAUACUUCAAACAUCUAUACUUGUAGAUUAGAUGGCUUUUUUUGUAGAUAAUAAAACUUUUUGUUAAGCUCAGGUGGAUCAUGUACCCUACCUACAACUUGUUUAACAGAUCCUGGAUUGUGUACUCCAGGAUAUAAUUCUUGCACUUAUUAAGGAUAUGUCAAAGACACUUCAAGUAAUAAUUGCGUUAAUCCAUUAUCUUCAGAUUGUAGCAAAUAAUCUAACGCUUAUGCUUGUGCAUUGUCAACAAAUAUGUGUGUAGCCUAAUAUGGUUGGGUCAAAGACACUACAUAAUAGUUCUGUAAUCCUCCAAGUAUAGCUUCAUGUACAGGAAGCUCACAUUGUACAUCAAAUGAAUCAGCUUGUGUUUGGUAUUAUGGAUUUGUUAUAAAAUCAUCUAAUAUUUGUAGUUAACCAUACCCUGCUGAUUGCUUAAAUACUUAAAAUAUUUACGCUUGUAGAGAUUAAACAACUCUUUGUGGAUAAUAAAACUUCUUGAAGAAUUAAUCAAAUGAAACUUGCACACUUCCAACAACUUGCCUUACAGAUUUAAAUAUGUGUGCUGCGGCUUACACUUCUUGCACUUAUUAAGGAUAUGUUAAAACCUCUUCAAAUGAUAACUGUUAACAACCAACUUCUUAUGAUUGCUAAUAAUAAACUAAUUUAUAUGCAUGUGCUCUUUUAACUAAUUAUUGUGUUUAACAAUUUGGAUGGGUUAAAAAUAGUAAUUCAAAUAAUUAUUAUUGUGAUCCACCCACAUUAAGUGCUUGUUAAGGUUCUUCAUAAUGUUUAAAUGAUGGAAAUGCAUGUUCCUUUUUGUAUGGAUUAGUAAAUUCUAAUAAUAUUUGCUCUAUUCCAAAUAGUUAUUAAUGCUAGCAUUUGGCUGGUAUAUAUGGGUGCAGAUUGGCAACCCAUUACUGUAGAUAAAUAAAUUUUUAACAAGAUACACCAAAUGACUCUUGUAAAGUGCCAUCAAAUUGUGGACAAGUAGGAGCAGGUCUAUGUUCGCCUUCAUACCAAUCUUGUACAGUUUAGGGUUUUGUUAAAAGUCAAAAUUCUAAUGAUUGUAUUGUACCAUCUUAAUCAGAUUGUUUAAAUCAAGCUAAUACAUUAGCAUGUGCUUAGUCUACAAACUAAUGUAUUCUAUAUGGAUGGUAAAAAGAUGCUAAUAAUUUUUACUGUGUUCCUCCAUCAUCAAGCACUUGCUAGUAAUCUCCUUCUUGCAGUUCAAAUGAAACAGCUUGUGUGUAUUAAUAUGGAUUUAACUAUGAUCAAAAUGGAAACUGUCUGGCACCAUCUACUACUGAUUGUCUUGAUUCAACUAAAAUUUACAGCUGUAAUUCAGCAACAUCUUAUUGCAGGUAGUUAUAUUUCAAGAAGAGUAAUUCAAAUGGUAGUUGUGUAUUACCUACAGAUUGUUCAACUAAUAGUAGUGCCUGCUCAUCUCAAUAUACAGCUUGCUUAUAUUAAGGAUAUGUUAAGAACAGUUCAAAUAAUAGCUGUAAAAUUCCAACAACUUAAGAUUGUAGCAACACUUCAAAUAUUUACGCUUGUGCUUAAACUACAAAUUUCUGUAAUGUUUAUGGAUGGAUUGUUGCUAGCACUUCAAAUUUGUAUUGCAUACCUAUUCUCUAAGCUUAGUGUACUAAUACGGGAUUAAAUUAUUGUUAAUACUAGCAAUCUUCAUGUUAAUAUUUAUAUGGAUAUGUCAAGAGCUAGUCUUCGAAUGACUGUGUUAUUCCAACUCCAUUUGAUUGUGUGAAUACAAAUAAUAUUUAUGCAUGUUAGAAUUCUAAUUCUUUUUGUUAGAAGUAAGGUUGGCCUAAAAAUAUUAAUGCUAAUAAAUAUACGUGUUCUAUUCCAAGUAAUUGCUUGAAUUCUUCUUAUUGUAAUUCAGGAUAGACUGCGUGCCCAUAUUUAGGGUUCGUUUCUAGCACAACUAACCCAGGGACUUGCAUAACUCCAACUGAUUCAGAUUGUCUUUUAUAAAGUAACUAGUAUGCAUGCGCUUAAUCAAGUAAUACAUGCAUGCUUAUGGGUUAUAUUUAAACAACAGCAACUAAUUAAUAUUAUUGUACUGCACCAACAUUAACUAAUUGCUAAUCCAAUAAUAGUUGUUAAUAGGGACUGACAGCUUGUUAAUAUGUUUAUGGAUUAGUCAAUGAUUUUACCACUAAUUAAUGCAUUUAACCAACAGAUUCUGAUUGCUCUAACUAAACUAAUAUAUUUGCAUGUAGACUAAGUACAUUUGCUUGUAGGUAGUAAAAUUGGCUAGCAGUAAGUUCAACAAAUUUUUCUUGUGUAGUACCUUCCAAUUGCUUAUCAGGAAACUAAUGCUAAUCAGGAUAUACAGCUUGCUAAUAUUAUGGCUAUAUAAAAUCUUCUUCAGGAAAUAACUGCGUUGUGCCUUCGGAUUCUGAUUGCUUUAAUACCUCAAAUACGUAUCUAUGCCGCUCUGAUAUUACAUUUUGUACUAGCAGAGGAUGGAUUAUAUAAACUUCAGUUUAAAAUUCUUUUUACUGUGUUGCUCCAUCUUAUUGUUUAAAUUAGCCAUAUUGUGGAAAUGGAUUAACAGCAUGCUAAUAUAUUGGAUAUCUUUCAAGCACUAAUAAUAUAUGUGUUGUUCCUGGUGAUUACGAUUGUGCUGAUACAGUAAAUAAUCCUUUUUUAUGCAGGGCUGAUAUAACUUUUUGUACUAGUAAAGGAUAUAUUAAAUCAUCAACAAAUAAUAGUUGUAAUCUACCUACUUCUUGCACAGGGGUAAAUGACUGUGCCCCUGGUAAAUCAGCUUGCUAAUUUACUUUUGGUUUAAUAAAAAAUUCCUCUAGCAAUACUUGUGUGGCUCCUGAUAUUAAUACCUGCAAUGAUAAUACCUAAUUAUAUGCAUGCAAAGUAGGUAAUACAUAUUGUACAAAUCUAGGUUUUUUCAAAAGCUAAGUAAACGACACAUGUGUUUUACCCACUGAUUGUACCAUAAAUAAUUAAUGUGCUUCUGGACUAGUAGUUUGUCUUUACUAUUUUGGAUAUAUACAAAGCACUACUUCGAAUUAAUGUGUUUAACCGACAGUUGUUGAUUGCCUCAAUUCAGCAAACUUAUAUGUAUGCCGUACAGGUAAUCCUUUCUGCACUUAGUUAGGUUAUGUUUUGAAUAGUUCUACAGCUGGUUAAUGCCAAGUACCAAGUAAUUGCUUAUCUGGGCAGUAAUGUGGCAGCAAUUAGGCUUCCUAAGCUUGUCUUUAUAAUGGAUAUAUACCAACUUCAUCAACUAAUUUUUAAUGUAUGAUCCCAUAAUAUGAUGAUUGUAAAAAUCCAUAAAAUACAUAACUGUGCAGAACAGGUAUCUACUAAUAAAAUUGUCUCAACAUUGGUUUUGUAAAAUCAUCUUCAGGUAAUAACUGCGUUUUUCCUGCUAGUUGCACUACAGGUUUUUAAUGUGGUACUACAAAGAUAGUUUGCUACAAGCUGGGGUAUGUUAAGAGCAUUAGUAAUAAUAAAUGCGUAACACCAAGCAAUUAUGAUUGUAGUAAUACAACAUUAAAUAAAUAUUAAUGCUCUUCUGAUUCUCUAAUUUCUCUCUGUUAAAGCUUUGGUUGGGUAAAAGAUACUGUUAAUGACUACUGUGUACCACCAAGCACAUGUGCUGUUGGUUCAGACUGUGGUCCAUCUAUGUCCGUAUGCUAAUUUGUUUAUGGUUAUGCUCCAGAUUCAACAACAAAUAAAUGCAUAAUUCCAUCAGACUCUGACUGCAUGAAUUCUAAUAACUUAUAUUUGUGCAAAUCUGGAAAUUAAUACUGCGUAUCAAUAGGAUAUCAAAAGAGCUCCUCAAAUGAUACUUGUACUUCACCUUCAAAUUGCUUAGUGGGACCUAAUUGCUCUUAUGGAUUAACAGCAUGCUAAUACACACAAGGAUUGAUAAAAAAUUAUUCUGAUAACACUUGUAUUGUUCCUACAGAAGCAGAUUGUGAUGACCAAAAUAAAAAUUUAUUUGCAUGCCGUUUGCCUUCUUUUGUUUGCUCUUAAAAGGGAUGGUAAUUAACUACUCAACCAAAUUAAUACUCUUGUGCAUAUAAUAAUUAACAAGACUGCAUUAACUUAUCAAACCAGUGUUCUUCUACUAUUACUGCUUGUUAAUAUAAAUUUGGAUACGUAUAAGGAACUUCUAAUCAAUGCAUAGUUCCAGAAGAUUCGGAUUGCAUGAAUACUUCUAAUAUUUUUGCAUGCGUGCCUAACUCGUUUUGCAUUUUAAAAGGUUGGAUUGCCACUGGACCUAAUAAUUUUACCUGUUAGUCUCCUAAUUGUCUUAAAGGUGAAUGGUGCUCCGUAUAAUUUACAGCUUGCACUUCUUAAGGUUUUGUAAAAAGUCAAGUUGAUGAUUCUUGCUAAUAUCCAUAAGACUAUGAUUGUGCAGCAUCUUCAUCAACAGGUUUAUAGCUUUGCUCUGCUACCUCAACUUUUUGUACUGGAAGAGGCUGGGUUAAAAAUCCAAAUAAUAAUACCUGCUUACCUCCAGCGAAUUGUCUUACAGGUUACUAAUGUGCUCCUAAUUUAACAGCUUGCAAGUAUUAAGGUUAUGUAACAUCUGCUACUGAUUAUUCUUGUACUACACCUACUGAUGCUGAUUGUUUAGACAACACACAAUCUCUUUGCAGGCCAGGUCUUCCUGUAAAUAUUUGUGGAUAAAAAGGGUAUGUACAAGUAAAAAAUAAGAUUACAGACUAUUUCUGCGUUUUACCAAACUGCUUAGACUAAUAGAAUCCAUAAUGUGGAGCAAAUCUUACUGCAUGUCUGUAUGGUGGAUACUUAAAGAGUCCAACUGACGAUACUUGCAUAAGUCCAACAGAUGAUCAAUGCAUUAACCAGAAUAAUUUGUAUCUUUGUAGAAAAGGAAAUAUUCCUUGCCCUUCUAGAGGUUGGAUAAGAGAUAUCAGUGUUCCUACUAAUAAUUUAUGCACUGUACCUAAUAAUUGCUUAUCAUAAAGAGGUAUGUGUGCAAGCAACAUUACAGCAUGCAUAUUGCUUGGUUAUAUAAAGAGUGAUAGCAGCGACUCAUGUAUUGCUCCUACAGAUGAACAGUGUUUAGAUUAAACAAAAUAACUUUGUUCUUACCAAGAAAGUCCUUGUAGUUAAAAAGGGUAUGUUCAAGUGUAAAAUUAAAAGACUUGCUAAUAUCCUACAAACUGUUUAGGAUAAAAAAUGUGUGCACCUUAUAUAACUGCCUGCACACUUUAAGGAUUUAUAAGUGAUUAGUCUAAUCCAACUACAUGUAAAAUUCCUACUGCAAUUGAUUGUUAUGAUCCUACAUAAAAUAACUGUGACCCUGCAAUAACAACCAAAUAUUGCAUAAAUAUGGGUUUUGUUAAAUCAAAUUAAGGAUUAUUUUGCGAAUUUCCUACUAAUUGUUUGACUGGUAAAUAAUGUGCAAAAGAAUUUGUAGCCUGCUAACUAUAAGGAUAUAUACAAGACCCUACAAAAAAUGAUGGUGUUUGUGUUUAAACAACAAUUGAUUCUUGCUUAAAUAGCUCUAAUAGUGGAAUGUGUGUGGCUACUUCUUUAUGUGUGACCUAAUUUGGAUUAAUACCUAAAUCUUCUUUAGAUCUAUCAUGUACUACUCCUACUUAUUAAAACUGUUAUAAUGAAAAUAUUUGUUAUGGAAAAGAUUCUUAUUGUAUUUCAAAUUAUGGAUUUAUUUAGGAUUCAAAUUAAUCCUCUUCUUGUAAAGUACCCAAAUGCUAAGAAAUAUAAAGCUAAUGUCCUACUUUAUGUAUUUAGUUAGGGUUUGUUACUAAUAGUAAUUAAAUAUGCUCAUAUCCUACUUAAUGUGAUUCUGUGGGAAAAGGUUACUGUGCAGCUAAUAUGAUAGCAUGCACUUAAUAGGGAUUUUCGAAGAGUAGUAUCUCCGAUGACUGUGUUUGCUUUUUAACAAUUGAUUCAACAGGUAAAUGUAUACAAGAUAAAUAAAAUGCAUCAACAAACAACACAACAAAUAAAUAAAAGUUAAGUCUUAAUAUAUUAAUUAUGGUAAUUAUUUUAAUAUUUUUUAUGUGA